AUGCCUGGUCACUCGACGGAAAUCAGGCACCCUUCCAAGAUCAUGGUCGUCGGGGACUCGAUGUCUCACGGCCGCGAGGGAGACUUCACCUGGCGGUACAGGCUAUGGGAAUGGCUCAAUGAGGAGAAUCUCAACUUUGAGUUUGUUGGUCCGUGCAACAGCACCUUCAAACCCUCGGAAUCACAGACAUCGAGCCCGUCUCUACUGGCGAUAGAACAGUCAAAUGAGGCAUCACCAGAGGUUUGCAAGUUCAUGGACAACGGUGGUUACGCAGACGGAAUGAAAUUUGGAUCUCAGCACUUCUCAGUUUGGGGACAGCAAACGAGGCAAUGCGCGGAGGCGAUCCGCCAGCAGGUGGCAACGUACGAACCAGACUUGCUACUUGUCAUGCUUGGCUUCAACGACAUGGGAUGGGGCGUCAGAGGACCAGAAGACACUAUCAAGGUCAUGAAGGAGCUGCUCGAUAACGCCCGUUCUGCCAGUCCACGUCUGAAGUUUGCCGUCGCAAGUGUCCCUCAACGAACUCCCAUGGAAGGCACCAAGCAAUUGGCAAAGAUGGUAGACACGUACAACAAAUACCUGGAGCCAUCGAUCCACAGCUGGGAUAAUCGAGAUUCUCCUGUUCGAUUGGUCAGAAUACGCGAGAUCUAUGACUGCUUUGAUGGUAGCUACGACGGAUUACAUCCUAACGCCCUUGGCGAGUUCCAGAUUGCUAGAGCAUUCUCUCAAACCUUGGUGUCUCAUUUCAGCAUCGGCACCAGGGAAAUCGUCAUACCGCAGAAGAUCCCAGAGAGACCGAGUCCUGUUCCAGUGAACGUCACUGCAGUGGCUCAGCCGCAGGGGAUCACGGUUGUAUGGGAUCGCGUAUACGGCGCUCUAGGAUAUGACGUGAGAUGCCGCUCCGACAAGACUUCGGAGUGGGAGGUUUGGCGCAAAGACACAAACCGACAUGAUACGAUGGGUGUUGAGGAUGGAGUCGAAUACCAGUAUCAAGUCCGAACGAACAAUGGCCUCAUGCGUGGCAAAGACGUCCUAUCGGAGUGGUCGCCUAUCGUUUCGGUUGUUGCCCGCACAGCCGUGAUACUAGAAGGAGAGACUUCACCAGAGCUUUAG